ACUGCAUUCACUUUCCGGAUCCUGACUUCAAGUACCAUGGCUUGUUGGACAAACUGGUAAAGCAAUUCCACCACAGACACAGCUUCGAUUACGUCACGAAAUCCCUCUCAAAUGCUGGCUUCAAUCAGUCCAUAGCAGAUGCUUAACCUCUUCAGAUCUGUACCUUAUAGAGGGCCUGGCUCAAUUCACGCCUUUUAUUCACUUAAAUUCAGACUCCGUCUGGCUUUUUCAAACUUCCAUCAAUUUCGCACAAUGAAACGCAAAGCAGAGAGCCCAGAGCCCGCGGCAAGAAAAGCAGCAAGAGGAAAUGACUACUGUAGCGUGCAACCGAAAAGGGACAGCCUUGGAAACCAAAUAUGGCCCGCCCCGGAAGAUCAAAUGAUUGCUGCAAGAGCAUUUUUUAGAGAAUGUGCCAAAGCUCAAAAGCCAACUCUUAUUGUCCCCGAUAAAGACGCUGAUGGACUCAGCUCUGGGGUGAUUGUCCACAGAACACUAGUUAAGCUGGGGCUUGAUUCUAAGCUCCUAGAUGUUCACCUAGUCCAGAAAGGAUCAAAUAUCCAUGAGGAGGAUGAGCGAAAAGUCAUGUUGGAGAAGAAGCCGACAUUCGUCAUUGUCUUGGAUCAAGGAAGUCGAAGUGGGCCACCUGUAAUUGAUGAUCCAGACGUCAAAUCCCUCCUCAUAGAUCAUCAUCUGAGUGACGAGUUUCCGAAAGAUGCACAAGUUGUCUCAGCUUGUCACUACCCUCCAGUUGCCCCAACCUCUCUCGUCACAUUUGAAAUCUGUAAAGAUCUUGAUCAAGAUAUAGCUCAAGAAUGUGGGUAUCUUUGUGCAAUUGGAACUCAUGGCGAUCUCGGUAACACCUUGAAAUGGGAGCCACCUUUUCCAGAUAUGACAGAGACUUUCAAAAAGCAUACAAAGAAAGCGGUCAACGAUUGUGUUUCAUAUAUAAAUGCUCCUCGCCGGACGGGAACAUACGAUGUGGUUACGGCUUGGAAAGCUCUUCUAGAGGCGAAAGACCUCAAGGAAAUCCUAAGCAAUCGACGACUGGAAGAAGCCAGGCGUGAAAUAAAUUUUGAAGUGGAGAAACACACCCAUACGCCACCAAAGUUCAGCAAGGAUGGGAAGAUUGCGGUCCUGAAGAUCAAUACUCAAGCACAAGUGCAUCCAGUCAUUGCAACAAGAUGGGCUGGUCAUCUGAAGUCAAAAGCCCUCGAGAUCGUCAUGGUGGCAAACUAUGGUUAUCUCCCUGGCAAGGUCAACUUCUCAUGUCGAAUCGCCAGAUGUGCAAGAGAUCGAGACCCUCCAGUCAACAUCAUCGAAUCCUUAAAAGUUGUCGCAGAUCUCGACACAACAGAUCUGGUUCAACGUUUGGGAAGCAGUUUUGCCAGGGGGCAUAAAGAAGCUUCUGGUGGGAUUGUGAACACUGCAGAAUUCGAAGAGUUGUGUCUUUUAAUGAAAGUUGGCGAGAAGCCAGACAAGCCGGAAGGAGAACCACCGAAGAAGAAACCCGAGAAGUCGCCGCAGAAGAAUACUUUGAAUAAUUAUUUCAGGAAGGCUUGAUACAGGAAGGCUUGAUAGAGGAAUUUUAAAACUAUCAUUCCUGCGUUUUGAAACAUGCUCCCUUGCUUCAGGGACAAAAAAAUAAGAUUUACUACAGAUAAUGCAGAAGUUGUUGUUCUGCUGCUGCCUUG